AUGUGCAGAUUUCUUGUUUACAAGGGCUCUGAGCCGAUAAUACUCUCCAAGUUGAUCACUGAACCAUCACACAGCAUUCUCACGCAAUCUUAUGACAGCCGCCUUCGCCUGGACAGCCGCCGCCCCGUCAACGGAGACGGUUUCGGUGUUGGUUGGUACACGGAGCCAGAACUAGGGCCCGAUCCAUGUAUCUUUACAUCAACCCUGCCAGCGUGGAACUGCGUGAACCUCGAACGGCUCGCGCCCAAGACAGCCUCAAGGCUGAUCUUUGCCCACGUUAGGGCCACCACCGAAGGGUCGUUGGCCGAGAACAAUUGCCACCCCUUCCAGCACAACACUUUGAUGUGGAUGCACAAUGGCAACAUUGGCGCAUGGAAGUACGUGAAACGCCCGCUCGCCGACAGUCUCUCGGACAAAUGGUUCCUCGGUGUGAAAGGGGGCACUGAUUCGGAAUGGGCAUUUGCACUGUUUCUUCACACGUUGGAGCGUGAAGGAGUGGAUCCCAGCUCCGAGCCCGAAGGUGGUUUCGAUACCAAGAUCCUGCGACGGGCCAUGAAGAAGACUAUCGCCCAAAUCAAUGCGUUUGUGAAGGCCGUUCCUCCUGAAUACAAAGUUCCGGACGUGGAGACCAGAAGUCUUCUCAACUUUGCUGUUACGGACGGCCACUCGGUCAUCGUCACCCGAUAUGUCAGCAGCAAAACCGACGCAGCCGCCAGCUUGUACUACUCGUCUGGUACUGCAUGGGUUGAAGGGAAGAUGAAAGGACAAUUCAAGAUGGAGAGGAGAGACAAGGCUUCCGACGUGGUCCUAGUUGCCAGCGAGCCGCUCACAUUCGAGCGGCACAACUGGCUAUCCGUCCCGACGAAUACAAUCGUUACCAUCUGUAAGCAGACGGUGUACGUGCGGCCGAUCAAGGAUGAAUAUUAUGAUCCAGAUCCCUCGACGGAACGCUCGACGGGUUUCGCUAGGUCCAAAGGGCUAGUGUCAAAAGCUCCUGGUGGGGGGACUGCCACACCCACGCCACUGGCUGGUACCCCAGUCCCGGGCACCGAACUCGAGAAUGCUACAGGGGAAUAUAUAGUCAAAGAAGAUCUCGAUGCUUUCCGCGAGAAGAUGGCCAAACUGCAGCUUCAGAAAUUCCGGGAAACCAACGGGCUGACAGAUCGGCUACUGGUUUAA